AUGAGCAUCUCGGAUCUUCAGGCUCAGAUUGACAACUUGACCCUUCGGGUUCGAGUUCUGGAACUUGAGGUCAGACGCACUGCGGAGGCAGCUCCGGCGGUGCCCCUUGCUUCCUCUUCGGCUCCGGAGGUUCAGGCAGCUGAGGCUCUGGAGGAGUCUACUGUGAACCACGGCUCACUCACUUGGGAGGAGCGCUUGGUGGUGGCUCGCCUUACUGGCGAUUUCUUCGUUCGUUGCCUGGAGGGCACGAACCGGGGAGGAUCAGGCCAGAAUCGCAUCGGGCUGCCGAAAAGGGUUUACGUGCUUAUCAGGGAUAACAAGGACAACGUCUUCCGUGGGCCUGUCCGUGUGUACACCCGAUUCAGCGAUAUCAAACCGUUUGUCCAGGUUGGAUCUGGUUUCGGGAACGCGAUCUUUGCUGGAUUUGCUUCUCAGAGGGAUGUGGAAGAGGGCAGCGAACACGAGGAUGUGGAUGGGCUGCCUCUUGGUCUUCGGGAUUCUUGCCUGGUCACCGCAGCCGGCGACCAGCUCGAGGAAGUUCCCGGGAGCUUUUGCGUGGAUGUAAAGGCAAGUUCGGGCGUCGAGGUCAAGGUCUGGGUCGCUUAUGCAUCCGCUCAAUUGGAGGCCCAGGUCAGACCCGAGGAGGCAGAGGACGUGCUGGAGCCCGCUUUUGCAGACUCGGACGGCCAAGCUUGUCUUCCCUUUGCGGCAUCCUUGAUUCAGUUGGCCGACGAUCACUUCUCAUUCCUUACUGCCGAGUCAGAGGUUUGCAGGGUCGGCAGAGUCGCCGGAGGCAAGGGGGCUGACCGCAGAAUUGCGGCGUUGGAGUCGCUGGAAAACAUAAAGCAGACUUUGGCCGCGCUUGUGGAGCAGAGACGGCCCCCAGCAAGGCAAGCGCCGAGCCCUGGACCAAAGGCAAAGGUGGCGGCUACUGCCCCCGUGCGCCCAAGGAGCGAUCUCAGCGGCCUGGACCAGACAGUGGUGGCUUCGGCUCGGGCGGCAGGGAUUCCGGACGAGCACCUUCUUCAGAUGGCCAGCCUCCUCAAAGUCAAACCUCGAACCAUUGGUCAGAGACGGACGAGGAAGACGAGGCAGAGCCGGCGGAAGACGCUGCUGGAUCGGGCGCAGGAUUCAAAGCAGGAUCUCGAGACUCUUUUGGGGUACAGUGGCCUGGGAGACAAAGCGGAGGGUCUUUCGUCAGGGCCCUCCCGUCGGAACUCAGCUGCACUGGCCGCUCUCCGAAAAGCAUUGCGAGAUUCGGUUCAGAACUACACCAACCACGUCAGAUGGAUGUGGCAACUUGCAGCAGUGUGGGACUGUUUGAUUCAGGACAAGGUUCCGGAAGCCCGGGCUCGGGUGGCAUUGAUGAUGGCAGCAGGGGAGCAGAGUUCCAUAGACUCCGGAAAUUGGUUGACUUCCACGGUGAGCUUGCUGGAGGGGCCUCCUCCUUACCAACAGUUCAGCCAUCAUCAGUCGCCGGCAGCUCACGAACUUCAACAUUCGGCUCUGUUCGAUCCUCGGUGGUUCGAGCUCUUCCUGUGGCAACUGAAGGAGCAGGAGUCCUACCAGGAGGCCCGGAGAAAGCUUUCCCAACGCAGACCGCAAGGGGAAGCAAAAGGGGAAGAUCCGGAGAAACCGGACAAGCCCCAGAAGCCGAAAGGAAAGGCCAAAGGCAAGAGCGGCGCCAACGAUGGCCGGGCCUUUGCCUUCCGAGCUUUCCGCAUGCAGUUUGUUGAAUUCAUUGCCCAGGAGGGUCGAUCAGGGCCCCACACCGCAUCCACAUCAAUUGAUCCGUGGCCAACGCCGCCUCCGUAUCCUGAGGCCUACAGGGAAGCUGGGGAUGAUUUCCAGACCCGUGCUCGAAAGAGGGCGGUCAAUGCCAUGGUGGUGGUCCUCUCACAUCUUCACCUUCGGGAAGUUCGCCAGGCGCCCCCAGCCAUGACUUGUGGUAGGAGGUUAAGUUCCAGGCAGUGGUCCGUCAUUAGAAGACUUGAAAAGAUGUUGGAUGCGUGGAUAAUUCAUCCGCUGGUGACUUCAGAAAGCAUGGGUCGAAACGCAGCAAAAGUUGAAGAAUUGGAUAGCGUGUUGGGCCACCUUGAGGCGGUGCUGGCCAAUACCUUCCAUGCGGGAGUUUAUGCUCGUCCAGAUUGUGAGCGUCUCAAGCCCGGUCGCACCAAAGCAGAUGCAGUUCAGUUGGGUCGUUCUGUGGCAAGUUUAGGUUCUACCUUCAAGCAGCUUGAUCCUGAUCGCAUUGCCUUUGUGGGCGAGCCUCGCUUUGAUCCGGCCCCCUUCUUAGACGAACGUGGGCGAGAUGUUUUUCUCCAUCCUCUUUCAGAAGCUCUGCCCCCGGAAGAUUACCUUGGCCCCCUUCCUUCGGUCCAGGUGCAUGUGGCGGAGAAGAAGCGUGACGAUUUCCUCGAACUGCUGGAUGCUUCCGGGAGGCUUGCGCUUUUCAGACCUGAAGAAGUUCGACAGCAAUUUUUGUCUGGAGUGUUCGCCGUAGGCAAGGACAGAGACAGAGACCGCCUAAUCAUGGAUUCGAGGAGGCUCAACCUUUUGGAACGCCCUCUUGGAAGGUGGAUUCGUAGCCUUGCCUCAGGUGAGAGCCUUUGCAGACUGCAACUUCUUCCACACGAGGCCCUGGAGUUCUCCGGGAAUGAUGUGCGGGACUUUUAUCAUCUCUUUGCCAUCAGCCAUGAGAGAGCAGUUCGAAAUGGUCUAUGCAUGUUCAUCCCUGAGGCUCGCUGCAGACACUAUGCGGCCUACCGUGCCGAGGAGCCCGGAUCUUCCAAAAUUCCUUGUGCCGGCCCUUAA